GCCUCUUUUCAAACCCAGAAUCAAUUACGAAAAUUGGCAACAUCGUCUAUGAUCAAGUACAAGGUACAAAAGUUGACAGAUUACAAAUAGUGAUGUAAAUAGAGUUAUAAGAGCUAACCAAGAGCAAUUCACAGACACGAUGGCAGCAUCUUUUUAUGAAAACCCUGAUUUGAAAAGAGAAAGACAAUCUUGUAAUUUCGACAAGGAUGAAAUUACCAACUUGAUUGAUGGUAAUGUGGAAAAAACAAAAUAUCGACGUGAACUAGUUGAGUACAUUCUGUCUGACCCAAGUCUGAAGGAUCCAAUUCCUGUGGAAUAUUUAAGCCAUGAAGAAAAAUAUGCUGCUGAGCUAAAGAAAGCUUGUUUACUAGUACAGAAAAUGAGAGAGCCUGUGCCCAAAGAAGCUAAAUUUGAAACUCUGAGAAAAAGGCAAGAAAAUGGCAAGCCUCUUGAUAUUGGUGUUGGCCCAUCAUCUGUCAUCCUUAAGGAAGGAAAUGCCUUAGGACUUCAUUUUGUAAUGUUUAUACCUGCUAUUAUUGGCCAAGGGAGUACUGAGCAGCAAAACAAGUGGCUUCCACGUGCCUUAAAUCUUGAAAUAAUAGGAACAUAUGCUCAGACGGAGCUUGGCCAUGGGACUUUCCUUCGUGGGCUUGAAACUAAAGCUACGUAUGAUCCAGACACUAAGGAGUUUAUACUUGAAACUCCUUCCUUAUCGGCCUACAAAUGGUGGCCAGGAGGGUUGGGAAAGACGUCGAAUUAUGCCGUUGUGAUGGCUCAGUUGUAUACCAAAGGAAAAUGCGAGGGAAUUCAUCCUUUUCUGGUUCAGCUACGCGACGAAACCACUCACGAACCCCUUCCAGGAAUUUUCGUGGGUGAAAUUGGUCCGAAAUUAGGUUUGAAUUCGAAUGACAACGGCUAUUUAGGCUUUGAUAGAGUACGGAUUCCACGCGAUCAACUACUAAUGAAACAUUCACAAGUCCUUGAGGAUGGAACUUACGUUAAGCCGAAGAGUACUAAACUUGGCUAUGCUACGAUGGUCUACGUGCGUGUCUUCAUUGUCCAGGAUAUGGCGCAAGUGCUACGAAAGGCAGUCACCAUAGCUACCCGAUACAGCUGUGUAAGACAUCAGUCGGAGUUAAAACCAGGGGAACCCGAACCACAAAUUCUUGAUUACAAAGCACAACAAAACAAACUGUUUCCUGCAUUAGCUGCAAGCUUCGCAUUCCAUUUUGCCGCGGAAAAAGUCUGGAAUUUGUACCAUCUUGCAACUGAAAAUAUUGGCAAGGGCGACCUACAGAUGCUGCCUGACCUUCAUGGAAUGUCGUGUGCGAUGAAAGCGCUAUCGACAAGUGAAACGGCUAAAUUUGUUGAAACAUUGCGCCAGUCAUGCGGUGGUCACGGCUACAUGGUCAGCAGCGGCUUUCCCCGAUUGUAUGGAAUAGCUACAGCUUCAGAGACAUACGAAGGAGAAAAUACUGUUUUAUGGUUACAAGUUGCCAGGUAUCUAAUCAAAACACGCAUGGAUGGCUCUGGAGGCCAGAGCGUAGCCUACUUGAUUGGUUCCAAUUUACCAGACAAUAAAGCCGUUGAUCUUAGUCUAGACGGUAUUAUUAAUCUCUUUCAGAGAGUUGCUGCAGGUUAUGUAGAUCUCGCCAUGAAAGAGCUUGCAGAACAUGGUCGUCAAGGCAUGGCUCCCUAUGACGCGUGGAAUCACUCAGCCGUCCAAUUAAUCAAGGCAGCUCAAGCUCAUGCACGUUAUCUCGUGGCUGACUGCUUUGUACGCUCCGUCAAAGAAGACAAGUUAUCCGGUCCGGUUCGUUCAAUCCUUAACGAAUUAUGUGAAUUCCUCCUCAUCUAUUGGCUCGUAGAGCGAAGUGGCGACUUUUUCAUGUUUGCAGAGCUCAAAACAGAACAUUUGUCACAGCUUCAAGCUAAGUACAUGGAAUUACUUAGCAUAAUCAGGGGUUAUGCCGUGAACGUUGUUGAUUCAUUUGAUAUACGUGAUGAAGCACUUGGCUCGGUCCUCGGUUGCUGGGAUGGCAACGCUUAUCAAAGGCUCUUCGAUGAAGCGUUAAAAAGUCCGUUGAACAGGAAUGCCGUCCACAGAGAAUCAUUUGAAAAAUAUUUGAAACCUUUGAUGAAGUCAAAGCUGUAGAAUAUUUUUCAGUUUUCUACUGCCUUGCAAGUAACGUCUUCCAGCUUCAAUUAUGGUUGUUUUAACGCCCAUUUAUAGUUUAGCAUUAAAAACAGUUAUAUUGAGUUCAAAGUACAUAACACAUUGACAAGUU